UCCUCACUCGUCCUGGAACAAUGGGAGAUAUGGCAGCCACUGCAGGCAGACAGCACAGCACAGAGCAGGCAGAGAGAGAUGCACAUAAUUCACAUGCACGAGGACGGGCCUUUUCUAUCAGUAGUUUAGAGGAAACAGUUACUUAUUAGAGGAGAGGACAUCACCUUGUGGAUAAAUCCUUUCUUCAAGUUUCAUUGUGGGGCUUUGUUUUCCGACUGGUUUUCUUUAGACUGGGGCUCUCUCGGAUGCUUUGAGCGGAUGCUAGGAUACGAAGCAAGACUCAGAGAUGAAAAGAAGGAAAGAUGAGAGCGAGAGAGGCAGAUUGUGGUCUUGUUGCAGUGUCCUCUCAGCUUCCUGGUCUGUCUGAGAGGACAGGAAGUCCAUACCAGAACCAGGCCCAGUCCUGAUGCUGUUUGGCUCUGACAUUGGGAGAAGACCAGAUAGAGAGGUGACUUACACACAGAGGAAUAGGACUGAGUGCUCUGCUCUAAGGAGAGCUGACAUCACAGAUGAGAACCAUGUCUGAUGAGACAGAACCAAGGAUGUGUGAUGAAAACCUGGAGUCAGAAGAGGGGGACGUUGAGGACUACCUGGAGGAAGAGGAGGGGGACGUUGAGGACUACCUGGAGGAAGAGGAGAACAGCGGAGAACUGAUGGACCGACUCAGAGAGCUGGAGGCAGAAAACUCAGCUCUUGUGUUGGCCAAUGAGAGUCAAAGAGAAGCAUAUGAGAGAUGUCUGGAUGAGGUGGCCAACCAUGUGGUCCAAGCCCUGCUCAACCAAAAGGAUCUGCGAGAGGAGUGCAUCAAGCUGAAGAUGCAUGUGUUUGACCUGGAGAGACAGAACAGAGUGUUGUGUGAGCUCUUCCAACAGAAGCUACCCAACCAGUCAAGCUCUCACGACCAGGUGCAGCCGGGACCCCUCCCAGUGUACAAUACACAGCUGCUGCACAAUGUCUCUGACAAGCAGGUGGUGUCACAGAGCGAAGCACAAGCCAAGGGAAAUGGGUUCCACCGCACACUGCCACAGGCCCCAGCAACUCCCCCCCGAGGCCCAGCUGCAUCCAUGGAGGCCCUGUCCCCAUUCUUCAAGAAGAAAGCACACAUUCUGGAGGUCCUCCGCAAGAUGGAAGAGACAGACCCCCUCAAGUUCCACCCCUCUGCAGGCAGCAUCACCUUCUGUGACUACAGCCAGGUCCUGAUGUCCACAGAGGCUGUGCUGGCUGCUGGAGACCUAUGUAAGAAGCACCAGACACUCUGCUCCUGCUCAGACUCCAACACGCAACAACAGCAGCACAUGAAUGGUGAAGGGCAGUUAUGUCCUACGCACCUCAAAAAGAGCACAGACAGUCCAGUCAAAUGUAACCAUGUUUGUGGUAGUACUGCAAAGCUCAACUUGACCCCGAACCAUGUCAAAGGCAUAUCCACCACAGCUGCUAUCAGUGAAUGCCACAUCAAGAGCACAUCAGUGGAGAAACAACUGACAAUGAAUGAUCACCAGCAACCAGCAGGUCCAAACUCUUACUUGUCAGUCACAGUUGUAGAUCAGACUAGUCCAGCCAAUCAGGGCCCAGAGGCGGGAUUAAAGACUGGGCAGGUCCAGGACACAGAGGAGGAGAGCUGUCUUAAAGGGAAGUCUGAUGAGGAUAGUAGUUUGUUUACCUCCCAGCUGCCUGUCCCUGGAGUGAAGGACAAUCCUCAGAUAGCAUACUGUGAGCUGGAAACCAAUGGGUUUCUCCUCUCUUCCAAUGACAGUGAUAACGUGUUGAGUGAUGUAGUUAUUCCAGAGAAGGACAGUGGCCCAGCAGAGGAGGGGGCUCUCUCUGGGAGAGCCAACGUGGCCCUCAGCCCCAUCCCUUCAUCCUGUCUCAGCGAUGUCAAAGCCGCUGCCAUCAAUUCCCCGUCCAAGAUCCUCAAGUUCCUAAAGAUCCCAACAAUGGCAGAGAGGACCCAGGCAGGGGCCAGCCCUGUCCGUCUGAGCCCCCAGCUCACCCGCACAUCGAAGAUCCCCUGCCGCACUAACAACUAUGAGGUGUACCACUCCCCUGUCCCCUCACGCAGAGCCGCCACCACAGAGAGGACCAGGCAGCCUCCCCCUCCACCCGCCAGGUCCGAAUCCUACCAAGCCACCACGCACUCAGCCUCAGCCCCCACCUCCCCGCCCCAGCCUGAGGACGCCUGCUCCCCUCCAGCCAAGGAGCUUUGCUACAGAAGCCUCUCGGCCCUCAAGGCCAGCAAUGGUGUCCCUGAUCCACUGGCCUCUGGCACUUCGCACACACCAAGGGCCUCUUUGCAGAAGGUCCCGUACUAUGAGAACAUGUCGGAACUCUCCACCUCGGCUCAGGUAGAAGAAUCCAAGGUCCCAGAGAACGUAAACAUAUCAUCUUUCUCUCAUACCAUAACAGAAAGUGACAGGAAGCAAAUUAAUUCACUACUACAGAAAGAGAAUGUCCUGAGUCUCCAGCAGCAACAUUUGUCCCCUGCUUCGGACUCCUCCUCCUCUUCCUCCUCCUCCUCAUCUGCGUCUGAUCAGGAUGGCAACCCAGAGAGCCCAGUCUGGCACGGCCACCACAGUCUGCCCAACCCCUUUGCCCUCAGAGCAGCUCAGUCUCAGGGCAGCCCAGCUCACUACGCCAGCAUGAAAGACAGAGGAUCACAGGACCAGGAUACUAGAGAGGCCACCAUGCAGAACUCUGAUCUCUCCCAGUCCCAGCCUCCAGCUCUCCCAGCCAAGAGACAUGAUCCCUCGUCCAUUCCCAAAAGGCCUUCUGGGGUAGCAUCUCCUGGGAGGCAGCCAGCCGAGUCUAGUCACACAUUCAAAGACAGGCUGGCUGCACUUGGCAAGCUGAGGAGCUCUGAGGAUUUACAAGUCAAUGUGCUGCUGCCAGUAGACAAGCCAGAGCCUCCGAGUGAUGAGAGUAUAGUCUCUUUUAACGAUGACGGGAGUAAGACAGCGGAGAGGCCUGUGGAUGGUAAUUUAGAGGAGCAGAGACACUCAAAAUAUACAGACUCUCUGGACGGUAAGCAUAAAGGUAUUCCUGGUAGUGUUGCUUUGAAGUUCCCAGGUGCCUGUCAGUCCUACGAUCCAGCAGCUAAGUCUCUCUUUGGCUCUUCAGUCGGCAAGGCGGAGCUGGAGAUGCUCUCAUCCAGAGUGGGUGUGGCUAAGAUGGACAGCCCCAAAGGUAAACUGGGCCUCCCGUCGCCAAACACUGACACUCCCAUAGUUUUACGCAACAACAUGAAAUGCCCGGCUUCUCUGAACCUGUCUUACCAUGGUAAACAACCUGCACCCAGCAUCCCUCACAGCACCAGCAGCCCCAGCAAGGUCCCUCCUAAGUCCCCGUCUAAACCGUGCCAGGGCCUGGCUCCCUCAGCUGGAACUGGGAAGCCCACCCUGGAGGCCCCGGCCCUGGUCCCACGGUACUCCUCCAAGUCAGAGGACAGAAGCAAACUCAACACAAACAAGAAGAGAAACACCACAGUGUACGGUGACAGCCUUCCUCCCCCGCUCCCAAUGCCAACGUCAGAACCGCAUCAGGAGGAGGAGAAGAGACACCUUGACCCUAUUGUCCCCAGCCCCACACUUGGCCCCACGUCAGCCAUCGAAGAGAAGGUGAUGAAGGGUAUCGAGGAGAACAUGCUGAAGCUGGCAGAACAGGACAGAGGACAGGUUACUGAGGUCAAACUGAAGGCCUCUAACGGGAUCGCCAGCUGGUUCGGCCUGAAGAAAAGCAAACUCCCAGCUCUCAGCCGCAAACCAGACACACCACCUAAGGUCAAAGAUGAGAAGAAGGGUGGAGAGUGGAGGCUGAAUAUCCCUUCCAAAAUGGCUGGGUCUAAGUCUAAAGGAGAGGGGGUGGGGGUGGAGAGCCUGAAUAUCUCUAUGCUGAUGGAGAAGGCGGAGGGUCUGAGGAGAGCUCUGGAGGAGGAAAGGGCCUACGUGAACGGGGUUGGGGGGGUCGGGAUGGACCGGUCUGGGAGGGGCCACUCCUGUGAGGUGGUGAUGGACCAAUCACAGGGCCAGCUGGCUGUGAUGUACAGGGGAGCGCGCUCAGACAACUUCAUGCAGCAGCUACUGAACAGGGUGGAUGGGAAGGACUUCAGUGGCAUCAGUGUGGCUCAGAGACGCCUCUCCUUUGACUGUAAGACCUCCAGACCGUUCAGCAGCCACACCACCACCAGCGGAGAGGACAUGCAGAAGGGUUCAGAACAUCUGAUCAGCAAUGUCCCCUCAGAUGAGAAUUUAGCUGACCCAGUUCACUCUCAUCACUUCGCAGCCUCUGGUGCUUCCACCUACACCCUGGACAGUGGCAUUGGCACCUUCCCUCUGCCUGACUACUGUGGUGGUACACCUGGGAGAAGCCUGUCUAAGGUGAGGGGGGCUGGAGCUGAGCAUUGCUCCUCUGGUUCUCCUGGCCGGGCAGGGAGGAGGGCUAGGACCCUGGACAGAGAGCCCUCAUCAAUGGAGCAGUGCUAUCAACCUCACAGAGAGAUGACUGCCCCGGUAAUGUACGGGUCUGUACUGGAGGGGAAAGGCAUGUCCAGGCAAACAGCUGGGGUCAUUCAUGAAGAGCCCCCAUACUGCACAACGAGGAUGAGGAAAUUAAUCGCUGGUUGGGACAAAGAAGCCUAUGGAGCUCACAUGCUCUCCCCCCGCUCCAAGACCUGGACCUUCCCCAACCUGAAGACCCCUGCAGGGUCCACUGAGAUGUACCUGGCCGUGGAAGAAGAGGUGGAGACGGCCCCCUAUGGAUCCCCAUUUAGAGGGAAGGCCUGUGGUUCCUCUGGAUCUCGUAACAUAGACCCCAGCAGUCUGCCGGUGCCAGCCCAGACAGGGCUGAGCCGACGGGGGAAGAUACGCAGUACGCCCAGUGCCCCAGAGAUGGGCCUUGGCCGGGAGGCGGGCCUGGAGCUGGUGAGGGAGAGGCCUGAGGAGGCCCUCUCCCCCAGCCGCCCCCAGGUCCUAGAGACCCCCGAGUCGCUCAGUGACUCUCUCUAUGACAGCCUCUCUUCCUGUGGCAGCCAGGGAUGACGGGGACAGGGGAGCAGAAAGACAGGUGAUCUGCAGAUCCUACUAUGGUACCGACUGACCCACCUUAGUGGAACAUGGAAUAUGGACUGUGCUAAGAUAUACCCAUUUCACAGUAUCGUGCCAACCUGAACCAUAUUGGGCUCCAAUAUUUUAUUUUCACAUUGUUCUUUCCAGAAUGGUUCUAGCUACUAUGGCGGAUGAUUAACCAGGCCAGCCGGAUACAGCUUGGUCCGACCCUUGUCAGUUUGUCUCAGUAGUGUGAAAAGGGUACAUGUGACGCUGACCACCAUUAGAGGAAUAUGGACUGUGAUAAGAUGGUGUCCCCUUAGAACUUUCAUGUAUGCUUUCUCACCAGCUAUGUUUCAAGGUUAACUGGAAAUACCAACCUCUCCUCAGGAUAACUACAACCCAAAGGAUAGACUAUUCACAAUAAUACUGUUUUAUGACAGGAAAGAAUUGGACAAACUGAACACACUGCUAACCAAAAUAGUUAUUUAUAUCAUUGUAGGAUUAUGGAAAUAGUGUGUUGAGCGAUUAGGGUUUUUCGGUUCAAUUAUUAAAAAAUAAUCACUGUUUUCGAUUUGUUAUUUAUUUUUUUGCAUUAAAUGCACUAUGUGGGUUGAAUACUGUAACACAGAAUAAAACAAUUAAAGUCCAAUGAUGGUAGUUACAUUUACAUUUGUCAGUGACUGCCCCUUACUGCUUAUCACUUAUUAACCAUUUAUUCACAUUACUUUAAAAUAUUUCAGUUGUGUAUAUUACAUUUGUUUUAUGAUUACUUUAUUAUUCCAUUCCAAGUAAUCUCAUCUAUAUUGAGCUGCUGCCUAUGCUGUCUGACAAAAUCCCUAUUUUAGUAGUUCUUCAAAAUAAAUAAGGCAUACUUUUUAUGACUGCUGAAUACCAACUAUCAAUCACUUAGAUCAUAUAUUGUCAGGUACUGAUACCUCACGAAGCAAGUGCUCUCUAUCCCCAUCCAUCUCGAUCGCGCAUUCUUCUGUCUGCCUCACACUAACCCAAGGUAGCGGGCAUAAAAGAAACACGGACCGAACAAGUAGCCGCCUAAUGGAUUAUGGUCAUUGUAGUUAAUUACCACGUUUUCUGCGCUAAAUUGUGUAGAAUAUUGACCUGUUGGAAACUACAACUCCCUACUACAUCGCACAGUUCGGGCUUGAUCUGAUUUAUCUCUAGAGAAACUGCGCAUUGAGCUCAGAAAAAAAAACUAAAUGGAUGCAAAUAAUUGAACGGACGUCAGUCAAUUAGUUUAAAAACGAAAAAUAACUGACAUUUCGGUUAAUCGCUCAGUACUAGGAAAUACACAGAUAAGAUGACAAUAUCGAACAUUCCCACACAAAAAAUAAAAUCUUAUGUUGAAAUUGAAUAUGCCUUGUUCAUCAGUCUUACCCCAACCCUCACCAAAAUAUCUUACUGUAUUUAUUAGACUACAGGGCGCUGAAACACUGAUCAUGCAAGGACUCAUUACCAAUAUAAUACCAAUAAAUAAUUCUAUUUUCUUUAUCAGUUCACACUAAUGUACUGAUUCCUUCAUCUUGAGCUCUUAAAAUGUUAUUUUUUCCCCCACUAUUGAAUACAUUUUAAUUUGAUGUAUAAAAUGAUUUGUUGAUGGUGUUAAGAUUUUUUCUCUAACUGCUAAGAAAUUUAGUUUAGCUGACCAUUCUUUGAAGGUAAUAUGCCAGCAAUAAUACUGAAAAGAGACAUGGCUACAUUAUUGUCCAAUUAAUUAUGUAUUUAUUUUAUUGUUAUGUUAAAUCAACUGCACAUUUGGAAUUGUCAAUUUUUUAUAUUUUUUGUGUGUAAAUGCAGUCAUCUGACUAAAAUAGAUUGUUUAACUUUGGAUGUCAUAACCUUGAACAGCUAAGAUGUCAACAUUAUUUUUAAAAGGUUUUUAUGAUUAUUUCUUGUUCAUGUGUUCUCACUGACGCACAAAUAAAAGAAAAUUACACCAUA